AUGGAACUAAGUCCAGUAGGUGUAUUCUUUGUUAUUGUAUACCUAUCAAUUCCAUUUGUAUUAUACAUCUUUCAACGCUUAGCAGAACCUUCCGAUGACCUCCUUCACCGCCGUAAACGUACAAUUGUACUUGUUCUAGGAGACCUUGCUCGGUCUCCACGCAUGCUCAACCACGCACGCAGUUUGGCCCAAGGAGGCCUUGACGUUGAUCUUUGUGGUUACGAUGAGGGAAAUAAAAUUCUCCCUGAAAUCGCCAAUUCCCCCCGCAUUGCGAUUCACCGUAUCCCUGCAAUUAUAAACUCUGCAAACCUUCCAUUCGUCCUUUUUGCUAUAAAAAAAGUUUUAUUGCAACACAUCCUUCUUCUAAAACUCUUGUGGAGUCUUCGUGGUGCUGAUUUCCUACUAGUCCAAAACCCUCCCUCCAUCCCUACCCUUGGCAUAGCUCGCUUUUUCGUUGUCUUCCUUUCUAGACCUACAAAGCUUAUCAUUGAUUGGCACAAUCUAGGUUACUCCAUUCUGGCUCUCAAAUUCUCUAAACCUAAAGAUUCUUUUGACGAUGCUGCAGUUUCUAAACACCCCCUUGUCUGGCUCUACCGCUGGUACGAAAAAUUCUUUGGCUAUCACGCAUACUGUCAUUUCACUGUAUCCAUCCACAUGGGUGAGGUUCUUCGAAAUCGUUUUAAAAUGAAAGCAAAACGUAUUCUGCCUCUUUAUGACCGCCCUGCACUUCAAUUCCAUCCUUUGUCCUUUGAAGAAAAAAAGGCCGUUUUUGCAAACCAUUCAAAAGAUAUUUUCGACGGCAUGGGCCCUUCUACUCAAGAAAAAAUCAUCAUCACUUCCACAUCAUAUACCCCAGAUGAAGACAUUUAUAUGCUAUUAGAAGCCCUCAAACUGUAUGAUACCCGUAAAUCAGAACUCGACUCGGCUGUUAUUCCCAACGGCGGGUCUUCUGUGCCUAAACCUAAAAAGAAAACACUCCCAAGACUGCGUGUCAUCAUCACAGGUAAAGGUCCUCUCAAAAGUGAGAUUGAAGAGUACGUUGAAAAUAAACUGAAACUUUCAAGUAUAUCUAUCCACAUGCCUUGGCUUGCUGCAGAAGACUACCCACUUGUGCUGGGCACCGCUGAUGUAGGUGUUUCUCUUCAUUUAUCAUCCUCCGGUGUUGAUUUGCCCAUGAAGGCCGUCGAUAUGUUUGGCGUGGGCGUCCCCGUAAUUUCUGUCACAUACCCUGCACUAAGUGAACUUGUACGGGACAAAGUCAAUGGACUACACGUCAAAACUGCUCAGGAUAUCACAGACAGCUUUGAAAAACUAUUUGUGGACGAUGAACUAUACGAUACCGUAAAGGCUGGAGCUAUGCGCGAAACUCGUAUCAAGUGGGAUCACGAAUGGAACAAAAAGGUGGGCCCGUUGUUUGGAAUUGGUGAGUACCGCCAGCGAAAUGAUGAUGAAGUUAGUGAAUCCUCGAGCUCGUCAUCUAGUGGGUUUUAA